AUGGAGGACAAAAAGUUAAUGAAGCUUCUUGGCGAAGAAAUUAAAAAAAAAACGAUAAUAUACGAUAAAAAAAUUGAGAUUCCGAAGUAUAGCAUCCGAAAUCGAUUGAUUAAAACUGCUUACGCGGAAAUUGCGAAUGACAUUAAAAAUACCGAAUGCAGUUAUUUCUGGUUAAAAGGCGGAGAAGUAGAAAACUUGUAUAAAAAAAUAAGGAACAAAUACUGCAUAAUUUCGAGAAAAGACUUCAAGUCGCUGAAGGACCAGAAAUUUUUAGAUAUAUUUUCUUUCUUCAAAAAUGUCGUUGAAAUAAGAAGCGCAAAAAAAUUAAUUUAA